CUUCCGUGUAUUCCGGGGGUGGUUUUGGUGCGCGCGCGCACCGGGGUUGCGCCGUGGUUUCAUCUCAGUUUCGCAGCCUCCCUUCCGCGGUCCGCAUCAACUCUGUCGUCGCUGGCACAGAGGUGUGUCGUUUUAUCCGCGUUUUCCUCGUUGUAUCUCGUCCUCGAUACGCUCGCCUCUUCGACAUCUGUAAGCCGGUCAUCGUACGCAUCCGGACGUCUCGUCGGGGUUAGAAGCUGCCGCGAGUCGAUCGGUCGAAUUCGUAUCGAGACGGUGUCGAAAGUUACGAAAGAUCGCGAGACGAGUGAAAAUUCUCUUUGGCCCGUAACUUUCGCGUUCACCGUACCACCGGAGUAUGUUACCGUGCGAUAGAUGAUCCAGCGACGACUGGCAGGACAAUGGUGCGCGAUGCGGAGGUCCCGACGCGUGUAACUUGAAGAAGGCGGUUCUCCCGAGAGGAAAGCAGCGAGAAUGAGCGACACUCGGUCGGCCGCUAACAAAUACCAGCAGAAUCGUCUUCUACGCCGGUGAAAUUGAACCGAGGAAGCUCGUCCUGUGGCUACAACACACGGAGAGGGGUCGUCGCUACCGUAGACCAGGACCAACGAGUCUCUCAUCCCCCAGCGACGUGGAUUUCUUCGUUUGGCCGGGCUUAAUCCACUGGUGAAACCCGGUCAGGGGUGAGAAAUCACCGACGGAGGCCGGUCACGAGUUAUGAGGGAUUCGUUCGUUUGUACUGGAAACUAGUCACGAUAAUAAUCAUUCCCGUCGUUUCCUCGGCGAACAGGUAUCCAUCGGAUACACGCGGUGGUGGAUAGAGAUCGGACGUUUGUCGUAGGAGAUUCGGAUUGUUCGUUCGCUUACACGGACGCGAAUGAUCGUUCGUUAAUUGGUCGGUAGGAUGUCGGUGAAUCCGAUUAACUGGUCGUCUUUAAGGAGAUCGGGGUCGAAUUAGGUUGUCGGUUGGAGGCAAUUCCGUUCGGCUCGCGUAUUUCGGUUUCGCCUGUUAGACGAUAGGAGAGAUGCGAAGCGCAGAGAUUCGGAUUCGCGUGGUAGCAAGGAACUCGAUUUCAGGUCCGUCGACUCGGUCCGAGAUCGUUUGCAUCGGGAAUUCGGAGAGGUUGUCGCGCGGCAAACCGGUCUAAUAGACGCAGCUCGAGUCUAGAUCGAACAGUAAUCGUAAAUUGGACUCGUUGGAUCGUGUCCAUCGGGCGAAGAAAGACCGUCUCGACCGAUCGAUCGAAUCGAUGACCCACGGUGCCAGUGCUGUCCGAUAAGCCCGGAGUAAUAACGGCGUUGCGGUUAUUCGAGUCGUGAAUUUUCGACAGAGGUGAUAUGCGAGCAUAGGGCGAGACAUCGAACGGUAGAACAAUGGCGAGCGAGCUGAACGCGACGACAAAGGUCGAGAACUCGACCGGCACGAUGAAUCUCGUAUCUACGAUAUCGUCGUCGCCACCUAGCGCGGUCGCAGCCGCGAUUAGCGCUAGCACAGCAAUUCCGACUAAUCCGUCCACGACAGUAACGGGUGGAGCUGCGGUCGCCAGUACCGCUAAACCCGACCAUCACGUCUACAACGCGACCGGCUACCUCGUGGAACACGACGAGCUCGAUCACAGUAUACUCGCUGGUUUCUCAGAUAUACAGACAGUUUUUCUAGCGUGUAUCUCGACGUUGCUGCCGUUGAUCGUCGCGCUGGGAAUCGCCUUCGGCGUCAGGCAUGUGUGGAGGAAAUAUCGAAACAGACGAGAUAGCUCAAGUGGAUUGCCCUGGUACAGGAGUGUCUACUCUCGAGACAAUACCGCCGAAUCCUUGCAUCAUCGACCCCACUCGGCAAGCACGACCAUUCAGUCUGCCACGCGGAUUCUCUCUGCCCAGGACCUGGUGAACGGCCUCGACAGACCCAGGUACAUCUGCGAGACCGAGGUCAUGGAGGAGGUGAACGUGGCCAGCGCCACCUCCGUGGAAUACACCUCUCCGGAGAAUCACGCGAAUAAGAACGCCAAUGGGACCAUCAUCACGCUCACCCUCAAGAACAACCAUCUUAUCGUGGAGACGGAGGAGCGAGCAGUGACGAUGGGGGACAAUAAAAAUCGCAGGUACCAAGAUAACGGGUGCUCGUUCGUGGUGGAGGUGCAACCGAGUUAUCAGAACGAGGACAGCCAGGCCAACAAAGGAUCCACCGACGACGUGACUGCCGGGGUUACCGAUCAGCAAGCGCUGGUUCACAGAGAAGAAAUUCCGGAAGAUCGAGCACCGGGUUUCGAGAACACGAGAUUAUUUGGAAGCACGAACACGGGAUUGUCGCAGUCGGAUCUCUCGAUCUCUAGCCAGGGCUCGGUUAAUCCCAGCUAUCGUUAUGGAAAUCAAGUGGAGUACGAUGCGGGCCAUCUGGGUUACCCGAUGUACGGGGGUAGCUACGAGUCCGAUACGUUGUCCCGGAAGCUAGAGGGUGGUUCGAAAUGGGUGGAAUUCGACAAGUCGCCGGACACCGAGAAGGCCUUGCUGAACGUGUCCAAGACGUCGAGCGUCGAGAAGGACGCCGAGGAGAGCCCAUCGAUGACGGGGAAACAGAACAAUCUGGACGUUUCCCAGGGAUCCGGAGGAUCCAUGGACCAGCAGGAUUCCACGGACGCGAGUAUCUCGACGGACACGGUUCGCUCGAACCCGAAUCUCCAAGUGAACGGCGCCACGCCGAACAAACUGGAGAUCAUGGAGCAGAAAGCGCUGAACAACGACUUUGGCAAAUCGGAGGCUAACAAGCCCGUGAUAACCGGAGCGUUGCUGAAAGACGACGUCCAGGAGGACGCUUUUCAAGAACAGCAGCGGAAGUUGGGUAACGGGACUCUGACGCCGGAGCACAAGGAAGACAGGCCAAAGAGUCAGAAGCCCGAGUCGACUUUUGUCCCGAGUCAUAAACGCAGCGGAAGUAUUCCACCGCGACUGAUCGAGGAGACGUUGGAGCUGGAACUGGAGCCGAAGAAGUCGUUGGACAUUUACAGUCAGAUCAAAACCAGCACCAAGAGCAUACUCCCAGGCUUGAGUCCAAAGUUCGAGCUUCUUCAGAACGAAGUCAGCCCUAUCGAGGAGAAGGAGAGUUAAUAGGGAUGGUUAGCGACGUCUCUAACGCGAACCAUCUCAAAGGACGACAUCGAACGACGGAACUGAGCAUCGAAAGACGUUUCCACGUGGUCCGUGGACAAAGGGAAGACGAUUUUCUACCGAAAGAUUUCAAUGUCCACGGCGAUUUCGCCCCUCGAGUAC